AUUAACACCCUAACCUGCACCUCCCUUAUAACACUAACAACACUAAUCAUACCAAUCAUAAUCACCCCCACAAAUGCCUACACAAGCAAAAACUACCCCCACCACGUAAAAAACAUAGUCGCACUAGCCUUCGCCGUCAGCAUAAUCCCAGCAAUAGCAUUUAUAUACUCAAACGAAGAAAUAACCAUCUUCAACUGACACUGAACAACAAUCCAAACAAUAAAAAUAACAAUAAGCUUCAAACUAGACUAUUUCUCCACAACAUUCAUACCAGUGGCCCUAUUCGUCACAUGGUCUAUCAUAGAAUUCUCUCUAUGAUAUAUAAAAUCAGACCCCCACAUCAACCGAUUCUUCAAGUACCUACUAAUCUUCCUAAUCACAAUAAUAAUCCUAGUAUCCGCCAACAACAUAUUCCAACUCUUCAUCGGCUGAGAAGGAGUAGGAAUCAUAUCUUUCCUCCUAAUCGGCUGAUGGCACGGACGAACAGAUGCAAACACAGCAGCCAUACAGGCCAUCCUAUACAACCGCAUCGGAGACAUUGGACUAAUCCUGUCAAUGGCAUGAUUCCUCACAAACCUAAACUCAUGGGACCUCCAACAAAUCCUCAUGCUAAGCCCCGAGAACACAAACAUCCCCCUAGCGGGCCUACUACUAGCAGCAACUGGAAAAUCCGCACAAUUUGGGCUACACCCAUGACUCCCCUCAGCCAUAGAAGGCCCAACCCCAGUAUCAGCCCUACUCCACUCCAGCACAAUAGUAGUCGCAGGGGUAUUCCUACUAAUCCGAUUCCACCCCCUAAUAGAAAACAACAAAACAAUCCAAACAACAACCCUAUGCCUAGGGGCCAUUACAACCCUGUUCACAGCCAUCUGUGCUCUCACCCAAAACGACAUCAAAAAGAUCGUGGCCUUCUCAACCUCAAGCCAACUAGGUCUAAUAAUAGUCACCAUCGGAAUCAACCAACCACACCUAGCCUUCAUACACAUCUGCACCCACGCCUUUUUCAAAGCCAUACUAUUCAUGUGCUCCGGAUCGAUCAUCCACAGCCUAAACGACGAACAAGACAUCCGCAAAAUAGGAGGACUUUUCCACGCCCUCCCCACUACCACCUCCGCUCUCAUUAUUGGCAGCCUAGCCCUAACAGGAACCCCAUUCCUAACAGGCUUCUACUCUAAAGACCUAAUCAUCGAAACCGCUAACAUAUCCCACACAAACGCCUGAGCCCUGCUCAUCACACUAGUAGCCACCUCCCUCACAGCCGCCUACAGCACACGAAUCAUCUUCUUCACACUAUUAGGACAACCCCGAUCCAACACCCUAAUCAACAUCAACGAAAACAACCCCUCACUAACAAACCCAAUCAAACGCCUAAUGCUAGGGAGCAUCUUCGCCGGAUUCCUACUAUACAACAACAUCCCCCCAACAACCAUGCCCCAAACAACUAUACCACAAUACCUAAAAUACACCGCCCUCGCCACUACAAUCCUAGGCCUAAUCAUAGCCCUAGAACUGUGCAACCUGUCCCUAAACCUAAGCCACAAACCCCCCUCAAGUGCCUUCAAAUUCUCAACCUUACUAGGCUACUUCCCCACAAUCAUUCACCGCUCAGGACCCCUCUGAUCACUAACAACAAGCCAAAAACUAGCAUCCCUUAUUCUAGACCUAAUCUGACUAGAAAAUAUCAUACCAAAGUCAAUCUCACACUUCCACAUAAAAGCCUCCCUAAUAACAUCCAACCAAAAAGGCUCAAUCAAACUAUACUUCCUGUCCUUCGCAGUGACAAUAGUCCUCGCUCUCCUCAUAUUCUAUUCCCCCGAGUAA